CUGAAAGCAACGAGAAUAAAUCACGCUAUAUGAUAGAAUUGGAGCUAGCGAAAUUGCGCAUAGUCCAAAAAGAGAAAGAAAUGGAAUUAGAAAGAUUACGACAAGGUAGUCGCGAAUGUUCUUGUCACAAUAAAUCGCCUUACAAACCUUCUACUUCUCAUAAAGUCUCUGUAUCUCUUAACGAUGAGUUCGCCAGAGGCAUAUCUAAGUUUCUGGACAUGCUUAAAAGAUAUCAGUAUUUUAAGAUGGAUGCCGAUGAACUUGAGUGUUGGAUCAAUGAAAAACUGCAAAGCUAUGCAAAUGAGAAUUUUUAAGAACUCAGUAAUCUCCAGCUGAAAAAACAGAAACACCAAGAGUUUGAGUUCGAA